AUGGGAAGAAGGGCAAAGACAGGUAAGGACCGUUUAGAUCGCUACUACCACUUAGCCAAGGAACAGGGAUACAGAGCUAGAUCUGCUUUCAAGCUGAUUCAGCUUGCUCAAAAGUUUAAUAUCUUUAAAAAUUGUGAAAUAUUAGUAGACUUAUGUGCAGCUCCAGGAGGAUGGCUACAAGUGGCAAAGAGGAAUAUGGGAGUUUCCAGUAAAAUUAUUGGAGUAGAUUUAGUUGCAAUUAAAGGAAUUCCAGGAGUUACUACUUUUAAAUGUGAUAUAACAACAGAAAGAUGCAAAAAGUUAAUAUUUGAUGAGUUAAAUGGAAUACCAGUAGAUGUAGUACUCCAUGAUGGUGCUCCAAAUGUAGGUACGUCAUGGGACAAGGAUGCAUAUAUACAGAAUGAACUGGUUUUGCAUUCAGCUAAAUUAGCUUGUGAGAUUUUAAAGCCAAAUGGUAUUUUUGUGACUAAAGUUUUUCGUUCAACUGAUUAUAAUUCAGUACUUUGGGUACUUAGUCAGCUCUUUAAGACUGUAAAAGCUACAAAGCCCCAGUCAUCAAGAAAUGUAUCAGCAGAAAUCUUUUUGGUUUGUUUGGGAUAUAAAGCUCCAAAGAAGAUUGAUUCUCGCUUUUUUGAUCCAAAGUAUGUUUUUCAAAGUAAUAAGGGGGAAAAUGAAGGUGUUGAUUUGGAUUCAUUCGGAAAUAAUCUAAAUAAAGAUCAUUAUGGAGAUGAUAGUGAUGGUGAUAGUGAUAGUGACAAUAUGGAUGAUCAUGAAAAUAAGUUACUUACUAGAAAAACAAGGAAAAACAUGAAAUCUAGUUUAUCUGAGUUAAUCAAGGGAAUUGGUAAGAGAAAUAGAGAUGGUUAUGAAAAAGGGGAUGAUUUCAGAGUAGUUAGUGCUUAUGAUUUCUUUCAUGCCGAGAACCCUGCUUUGGUCUUACUUAAAAGUAAUACUAUCAAUUUGAAUCCAAAGAAAGCUGAUGAAAGUAAUACUUUAGAAAGAGAAUUUAUUGAUUUAGUUCUUAAUCAUCCCAAGACAACCUAUGAAAUUAAACUUCUUUGUGAGGACUUAAAGGUUUUGGGAAAAAAGGAACUUAUGCAACUUCUCAAGUGGAGAUUUUUAGUCUUUAAAGAUAUUAAAUCAAGCCAAAGUAAAAAAGACUCCCUUCAGGGGAAAGAGAAUAAUAUAACUGAUAGUGAUGAUGAUGAGACUGAACUUGAUGAUAAUGGGGAUGCUGACAAUCAUGAGAACGAUAAUAUUAUCCAAGAAAGUGAGGAAGAAGAUAAUUGCCAAGGAGAGAUUGAUCAGGAACUUUUAGAUAUGUUAAAGGAACAAAGAAGAAGAAAUAAGAUAUUAGAAAAGAAGAAGAGGUUGCAACAAAGAAAGAGAGAAUGGAGAGCAUCACUAUCAAAGGGAGGUUUUGAUGUUGAGGGUAAUGAACAGGAUUUAUUUAAAUAUACAAAAGAGGUUGCAAAAGUCCUUGAUAAUGAGGAAAGGGAUGUAUCAAUAGAUGGAUAUUUCCCAGAGGGAGUCCAUUUUAAUGAUAAUUUCUUAUUAGGUGAUGACUUUAAAAUAUCUUCUCAAGAAAUUCAAGAUGGUGGCAAUAAGGUUAGAGAUAAUAGUAGUGAUGAGAGUAAUGACAGUAAUGAUGAGGAGCUGGAUCACAAAGAUCUUUUGGGAAUUGAUUUGGAUAUACAGGAUUACAUAAAAAGGAACAAAAUAAUGCAAGGAGGGGAUUCCAAAUUAGAAAGACAAAAAAGCAGACUACUAGGACAAAAGAAGGAAACAAGAAGAGAGAAAGUUAUUUCUGACUGGGUAGAGGAGAUGAACCAAUUUUCUAAUAAAAUUGAAGAGGAGAAUCAAAGAGUAUUAGCAAAGAAAGCAUUUGAUCAGAUAUAUUCCAGUGAUGAUGAUACAGAUUUUGAGGAUGACAAUAAUAAUGAUAAUAAGAAGAAAAACAAGGUAUCAGAAACAAACAAGUUAAAAUCUAUGAAAGAUGAAACUCAGGAGUUAUUUGAUUAUAAAAAUGAUAUUAAAAAAGACACAUUAAGUAAUAGAUGGUUUUCAAAUUCAGUAUUUAACGACUUUAUAGGAGAGGAGAAAACACAAAACACAGAAGAUGGUACUAUAAUUAGAGAGCUUUCCGAUUCAGAAAUCCCACAGAUUCCAAUGAAUGAAAAGAAACUCAAAAAACUUAAAAACAAAAAAUCACAAGAUAAAAACAAGGAGAACUCUAAGAACAACGAAAUAGAAUUUGUCCCAAAGUCUGCUGGCUCGAUUAAUAUAAAUGAUGGUAUUGAGGAGUGCUUUAAUCAGAAUAAUAAUGAUGAAUAUGAUCAGGACCAAAAAGAUAUGGAAGAGGAAGUGAAUUUUGACUCUGUGGAUUCUGAUGAUGAAGAUACCCAAGAUAGUGAUAGUGAAAGAUUCACGAAGCCUGAAAAUGAGGAGGAACUUAAGAUGAUUCAGGGUAUUGGGUCAUUAUUAGUAAAUAAGUCUACAAGAAUGGAUUUAAUUGAUGGUAGCUAUAACAGAUAUGCUUUUCAUGAUCCAGCUGAGGAUCUUGAAAACAAUGUUCUUGGAUUACCUUCUUGGUUUGUGGAAGAUGAAAAUAAACAUAACAAACCAGAACUACCUAUAACAAAAGAUUUGAUGGCUCAAUAUAAGGCAAAACUAAGAGAAAUUAAAAAUAGACCAAUAAGAAAAGAAAGUGAAGCUUUAGCUAGAAAGAAGAGGAGAUAUGAAAAGAUUAUGGAGAAAGCUAGAAAAAAGGCACAAUCUAUUGCUGAUUCAGAGGAAAUGAAUGAAGCUUCUAAAUCUAAGACUAUUAACAAUUUAAUUAAAAAAGCCCAGAAAGUUUCCAGUAAAAAGAGAGUCAACGUAUAUACUGUAACUCGAAGACAUGGAUUAAGUAAACAAGUCAAGAAUAAAGACAAGAACAUUAAUUCUACAAAUCUAAAGACUAAGUUUGUAGAUAAAAGAUUAAAGAAAGAUAAGAGAGCUGUAAAGCAUAUAAAUAAGAAAAAGAAACAUAUGAGCAAAAAGCGAAAUAAGAAGAGGUAA